AUGUCUAUAAGAACUUUUAUUGCAAACUCGCCAAAUGGCUACAAAUUGUCAAUUUACCUUGAAUUAUUGGGUUUAAAACAUGAGACCACCUCAAUCAGUCUUCAUGACAAUGAACAAAAACAAGAAUGGUUCUUGAAAUUGAAUCCCAAUGGUAGAAUCCCAACUCUUGUGGAUGAAUCUACCAAUACUACUAUCAGUGAAAGUGCAGCCAUUUUGAUGUAUUUAGCUGAUACCUAUGAUAAGGAAAGAAAGUUUAGUUACCUUCAUGGUACUAAAGAGUAUAAUAAAAUGUUGGAACUUAUUUUCUUUCAAAUGUCGGGUAUUGGUCCCAUGCAAGGACAGGCCAAUUGGUUUCUAGUGUACGCUCCAGAGAAAAUUCCUUAUGCUAUUGAAAGAUAUACUAACGAAACCAAGAGGUUGUAUUCUGUUUUGGAAGAGGUUCUUAAACGUAACAAUGAAGAAUAUGGAUCUGAUUUCUUGGUUGGGCCCCAUAUCAGUAUUCCAGAUAUUUUAUUUAUUGGGUGGAUCCCAUUUCUUCCAUUGCUUGGUAUUAAACUCUCUGCCUACCCAAGAGUUUUUAAGUGGGCUUCCAAGGUCUUAGAAAUCCCGCAAGUCAAGAAAGGUUUCACUAUUCCCGCAAAUCCUCCAAUAUGGGAUGAUAGUUUACCUUCCUACAAUUGA